AUGAGAGAAAGGAUUUAUAAGGAAUUUACUUGUGAAAGAGGAAUAAUGCUUUCUUCUGACGCAUUGGUAUACUUAGAGGAUAAUGUCAAGAGUGAAGCAAUGCUGAAAGCCAUAUCUUCAGAAUAUAGGAGAAGAAAUGGACAACGGCUUGCAGAUAUAAAUUCAAUCCGGGAAGUUGUUGAGUCUUUUGAUGCCAAGAAGGACACCUACAACAUCUUGAAUCAGGAAUUCAAGGAGAAGAAUGAGUUACUGAAGUACAAGCAUCUUUUGGAAAAGAUAGAUAGAAUAGUUACACCUAUAUACUUGUUGGGAGAAGAAUGUGCCACGAUUUUUGGAUGCUAUUACAAAGACAGGGAGGGAAGAGAGGUUCUUGAGGAUGAUGGAGAUGUGAUUCCUCUUGACAUGAGCAAGUGCAAUGAAGACGUGUUUUUAUGUGACAAUAUAUUCAUUGCCAUUGAGGGAAAGAAGACAGAUGGUAAGUUUGUCGGGCUUAAAGUAUAUCUUCCAAGUGUGGAAAAGAAGGUCGGGAGCCUAUCUAAGCUGAUCAAGAAGGACCUCAAGAUAUUAUUUUUUUCAGACUUCCAGAUGAAUGAAGUUAAUGGAAGGACUCUAAGGAAAAUCCUGGGCAAGAUGCCAGCAGACAUUGUUGUGCUCAUGGGAAGGCUUUACCCUGGCAUAUCUUCGACCAUUCCCUGCAUUAGCUUUAUGGAUGGGCUUAGACCAAAUAAUGCUCAGACGGAGACUCCAGACAUCAUUCUAUGCCCGGAUGCAGAUGAUACCUAUCCAUCGUUCCUUCCAAAGGAGAUAGAAGUACCGAGGGAAUAUGGUAAGUUCAUUAAGGCUGCAAGCAAUCCAUUUAUACUUGAGACCUAUGGAUAUUCAAUAGGAGUUAUUAGAGAGGAUAUAUUUAGGUACAAAGAACAAGGAACAUUUAUUGGGAAGAACUAUGUGGAUUCUUUUGCAAGGGAGAUUCUAUCCCAACACAGCUUCAAUCCAUUUGGAAUCUCAAAUCUGGACAUUGACAGAGUUCCAGAUAUGUUUAUUGUAGGCCAAGACUUCUAUCCUUUCAUUACAUCAGUAGAAGACACAAUGUUCAUCUCCUGCCCUAGUUUCAAAGAUGAAAUGGCUUUUGUAUCUUAUGAAACCUCUUCCGGGGAUCCCAUCAUUCUUAGCACCAGGCAUCUCUUGUCAUAG